AGAUGGACGACACACACUGGAUUUUGAAGAGCCUCACCCGCGAGUUUGAGACGAGGUUCUUCUUCGCGACCUUCCUCCCCGCCUACAUCCCCUACGCUCAAUCCCACCCUUCCUCCCUCCUGAUCCGCUGUUCCGACACCCUCUACAACUUCGAAGUCUACCUCGGUCAUCUCGGUGGAUUGAGUAGUGGAAACUACAUGGUCAUGGAAGAUCUCAUCUCGCGUGCGCGGGCGUUGAGUGAGGAUGUCGAGGAGGUGAGGGAUUGGGAUUUGAAGCCGGGGGGGUACAUGCAUCCUGAGAAAGACACGAUUGGGCUUGGGAGUGACGAAGAGAAGGAGGAGGAGGAGGAGGGGAUCGAGGAUGGUACGGUGUGGUUGAAGGAAGAAGACUGGAAAUGGGUCAAAGAGACAUUGGAGCGCGAUACCCAGUUCUUGGCAGACCUCGGCAUCGUGGACUACUCCCUCCUCCUAACCCGCUCCCCCCUCCCCCCGACCUACUCCCCCUCCUCCUCCGAAGAAAAAGACAACGAGCGUGGUCGUCCAACCCUGAUCUCCCCUGACAACAAAUACAUCUACCACCUCGCAAUCAUCGACUACAUGAUCUCAAAACACACCUGGUUCCCACAACUCAUGGAAAACAUCGCACACCCACUUAACAAGAAGAUUCAGGAGUGGGGGCGGUGUGAGGGGAAGAAGUGGAGGUAUACGAUGACGGAGGAGCCGGGAGCUUAUAGGGAGGAGUUUUUGGGCAUGGUGUCUAAGGCGGUGAGGACGGACGCUAAAGUGGAGGAGUAAGAUGGGGGGAAAGAGUGGGGCAUGGAAAUGUAUGAGUAGGAUAUACCAUAGAAAGGGACUGUGGACGCUUAGGCGAGGUAGUGAAAGAGCAUCUGCAUUACGAAC